AGAGACCCGGAGAGAACGUCAGAAAAGAAAUUCAAAACGAUAAAUCUCUCUCUCUCGCCGAAUUGGCUUCCAGUGGCGCUCUGGCCGCGCCGAUUCGACUGUACGGAAGCAAGCAAAGGCUAUAUAGGACGGUUCUCCACCUCAACUCUCUAUUGAAAACGGCAGAUUCGUUUCUCCAGUUUUGCUGAAGCUCUUCGUUAUAAGAGUUCUCUGUUCAUUUCACGGAAAUUAUCAAAAGUAACCAAUUGGAAAGACAACAUUUGUGGGGGUCAAAUUCCAAAUACACGUUUUGAGAGCUUGAGAAGCAAGAGGAGAAUAUUAUUUUCCUUGCAUUGUUAACCAGACGAAAUGAUAGGUUCAUUUCUUACAAGAGGGCUUGUGAUGGUUUUUGGCUAUGCCUAUCCCGCUUACGAGUGCUUUAAAACUGUGGAGAAGAAUAAACCAGAAAUUGAGCAACUGCGGUUUUGGUGCCAAUACUGGAUUUUAGUUGCAGUCCUGACAGUCUUUGAGAGAGUGGGUGACACUUUUAUUUCGUGGGCGCCAAUGUACAGUGAGGCGAAAUUGGCAUUCUUCAUAUAUUUGUGGUAUCCUAAAACAAAGGGAACAACAUACGUUUAUGAUUCUUUCUUUCGGCCAUACCUUGCAAAGCAUGAGAACGAAAUUGAUCGUAACUUGUUGGAAUUGAGGGCCAGAGCUGGGGAUGUUGCACUUCUGUAUUGGCAAAGAGCUGCAAAUUAUGGUCAGACAAGGGUUUUUGAGAUUUUACAAUAUAUUGCAUCACAAUCAGCGGCAAGACCACGGCCUGCUCAGCAGCAGCAACAGCAGGGUGGGGCAGUUCGUCAACCUCCAACUCCACCCUCUGUACCAACUGGCGAACCAGCUGUGCAUGCACAGCAGCAGCAACUGCAACAUAAAGCCCAGCAGCCAUUAUCACGAACUUCCAGUGUGUCUUCAACUGAGCAGCAACUUGAACCACAAGAAGCCAGCGCUUCUCCUGUUCCCGCAAGAGCAGCCUCUCCUGCUGCAGCUGUGCGUUCACAAACAACACUCAAUGAUCAGCCCGCAGUUGAAGCCACCAGCCAACCAACUCAGAAAGAAGCAGAAGAAAUGCAGAUUGAAGUCAUUGAACAAGUUUCAUCUUCAGCUAAUGGAAAUGCGAAACCCCCUCAACAGGAGACAGUCAUGGAGGAAACCAUCCGGGUGACACGUGGAAGGUUGAGGAAAACGAGAGCUGCAGCAAACCGCUAGGAAAGUACUCUUGGCUACUCUGGUUAUCUUUUAUCUCAGGCAAUUUGUUGGUUGCAGAAGCAAAUGUAAAGUAAGAAAAUAGACGGGAGUAAUAGGUGAUGGAUUGAUAGAUAGAUGGUAUUGAUGAUGUACAUUGUUUCUCUGUA